AUGUCGUCAUCAGAGCUGUCGUCGUCCGAUCAGCAGCAGCCGCCGCCGCCGACGACGAGAUCGAUCGGCAGCGGAGAGUGGGACGCCCUCUCCCCCGAGGCUAAGAUCAAGUGGCUUCUGGGCGACAGCACCGAAAAGGGCGCCUUCAAGCAGCGCGUGGAGGAGCGCACGCGCCGCGCCGUCGCGCAGUCGGACGCGCCCGACAUCGCCAACCGGCUCGACUGGGUCUUUGUCGACAGCGACUCGGCGGCGCUUAAGGGCGCCUCGCUCGCGCAGCUGAAGCGGCGGUACACUUACUUUGUCCAGGUCGAUGCCGAGGGGCUGGCUAGCGGGCAGGUCAAUCUAGUGAGGGGCUGGGAGGGGGGCGUGGAGGAGGAUGAGGCAGCCGAGGAGGAUGACAAUGACGAGGACUGGAUGCGGAUCCGGGAGAGCAUGCUCGCGCCGCGGUUUUACGUCGAGAUGGAUAACGACGAGGUUUAGUAUGUGCAUUAUAGACCGCCGUGGCAGGGCGUGGUUGGCCGGUAAUCAAUUAGCAAUCUCGCCUCAAGUUUGGAACAUCGCCUCCAUCAUUACACUCCAGACAUAUCCUUUAAUGUUGGCAAAAU